AUUUAGUUGCGCCCUCAAUUUACCUCCAUGAAAAUUACCGCGUGUUGAUGUUGACAAUUUUGUCAUCAUGACAUGACUCCUUACUACGAACGACAGAGUGAGAGUCGUUGGUGAGAGUGGUCUGUUUGAUUAUGGUCUAUUGACUAACUGAUGAAAAUCCAGGUUGUAGUCGGGUGAAUAUGGUUUAGAACCUUUCUUUCUUGAUAAAAUUUUUAGUUGAAAAUUGUAAAUCGAAUCUAUGCUUUAACACGAUUUUAUUCUAACUGCAUAUUUAUCAAUCAUGAGCGACUAUUUCCAAGAAAUGGGCUGGCAGCCUUUGGGAGAAGGUCAGACCCCAAAUCAGCUUUUGCAUUUUGCACGAUUACUUAGAGACUUCGGGAUGUGGGAAGAACUGGGUCAGAAUCAACGCCUCCCACCAGCUGCAUCACGGCAAGUCGUGGAAAAUUUAGAAGAAAAAACAGUUACAUGUAAAGAUGAUAAGUGUCCUGUAUGUUUGAAAAUGUGUUCUUUGGGGGAAACCGUGAAAGUGUUGCCAUGCAAACACUUUUUUCAUCCAGAGUGCAUUCUUCCAUGGCUACACAGGACAAAUUCAUGUCCACUGUGUCGCCACGAAUUGCCCAGGGAUGAUGAAGAUUAUGAAAUGUAUCGCAAAGAGAAACUUAGAGCCAAGCAAAGAGAAGACGAAAUAGAAACUUUGCAUAAUUCAAUGUUUUCGUGAUAAGUUUGCACAGCUUGAAAUGUCUGCAGCUGCUCGUAGAAGAAUAUUUGGAGCAACAAAAAAGUAAUUUCCUUUGAAGAUAUGGAAAUUUUGCCGUUUCAAACAAUGAGGGGAUAAAAAAAAUGACAAAAGUUUUAUCAAAAAGUGUUUUAAAUCAUUUAUUGUCAUUAAAAAUUUAUUAUUUUUAUUUUGCAUCCUAAAGUAGAAUUAAAAAUGUAUUUAAAUCUAAGUGUGUGGCACUGAGAAAAUGCUCAAGAUAGUGCAAAAAAUUCUGUUCACAAUGAAUAAGAAAUUCCAAAGGAUUUAGCUUUAUAGUCUAGUAUUAAUACAAAUUCUACAGUGGAUAAACAUUUGUAUUUAAAUAUGUGUUUAGUAGUCACAGACUCAAAGCAAUCAAAAUAUAAAAAUUUCUGUGUUUCA